GCCGCCCCUCACCCCUUCCAGCGGCCGGCGCGCUCGGCCGGGCAGGAUAAGGUUACGCCGAGGCUUCCUUGGACCGCGGGGAGGGAGGCGGGUCCGAGCCCGCGCCCCGGCCCGCGGGGGAGUUCCCACCGUGGGCGGCUCGGGCCCGCGGGGUCACAUCCUCGCUGCCGGCCGGGCGCGGCGUGCGGGCCGCCGAGCUUAGCCCCGGGCCCGGCCCCCCUGCCAUGGCGCGGGAGAGGCCGCCCGGGAGGGGCUGCGGCGUCCUGCGCCGGUGUGUGGUCGGCGCCGCGCUGCUGCUCGGCCUGCGACUGUGCGGGCGCCGAGCGCCUCCGGAGGGCGGCGGCAGCGGGACGCCGGAGCCGGGCUGCUGCGCCCCGCGCGGGCGUCCCCGCCGGAAGCGUCCCCGGUGGCAUAUAGAUCUCCAGCCGUGGGCAGGACCUGCUCAGUCCCUGGACGAGGAAGCCUUGAGGUUUCUGAGAUACAUCAGCACCACUCAGAUUGCAUGCAAUCACAUGAGCACAGACAGCCUAGCUACUGACUCCAGCCCUGCAAAGAAGCCUUGGUCAGUCUGUCUUGAUGACAGGUUUGGCUUAGCUCAUCAAAUCCGCAGCAAGCGAUGCCGCCUCUACUCUUUAGGGCUGGGGAAUGAUGAUACCCAAUUUGAGGUUAGCAUGGCCAACAAUGGAUGUGAAGUACAUCGUUUUGAUCCUAGUGUUAAAUCAGCUCAUAUUCUGGAGAGUCCGCGCCUUUGGUAUCACCGCUUGUCCAUUGACUGGCGGGACCCCCAUCCAGCUGUUGCUGCCCCCAAACUGCACAGCAACACCAGGAAACUGGGAACCAUUUUGAAUGAAUUUGGGCAUCACAAGAUUGAUGUUCUCAAAGCAGAUCUGGAAAGCGCAGAAUGGAAAGUUUUAGAAAAUCUUAUUCUGGAAGAUGUCCUUGAACAAAUUGGACAGCUCACCUUUGAGGUUCAUCUCCACUGGCCCGGGUUUGAGGUCAGUGGCCGGGACAGCAGUGUCGUGAGGUUCUGGUACAGCCUCCUCAAAGAGUUAGAACUAAAGGGUUUCAGGCUUUUUCAUAGUUACAAAGAUUUAUCUAAACCUCAGCUGUUCCUGAAGAAAGAUAUUUUCAAUGCAAGUAGCUGUUAUACUCUGAGUUGGGUGAAUACAAGAUGGAAAUAGGAUGAAAGACCUCAUCAAGAACUCAAGGAAAUAAUUACAGCGUGAGGCGUGUCCAGCAGUCUAAUUAUCGGUGUCCUUGUCCAGUCUCCACUAGCCUGUUACCUGCUUGAGGCGGGGGUUGUGUUAUUGCCUCUGUAGUGCAUGUAGCUUGGCACCUGCCACGUGCUAGGGGCACAGUUAACACUCGGGGAAGGGAUGGACACAGAGGGCCAUGGGAGUCAACCUCCAUCUGCCCAGAUGCUAGGCCUUUCACCUGUUUGCCUCUGACAGAGUGGGGACGCUUGUCCUCCUUCUUUUUAACAUGGAAGAUAAUCCCCCACAUGUCUGUUUUCCCUAAAAUUCGUUUUGUGUCUGAAGUCCAUGAAUUCAGCAACAUGAAGAAGAAAUUACAUAAAUUUUCCAUUCUUACUGCAUUCCUGAGAUUAAGUUUGUAGCUUACUGUUCAAAACAGAGCCUUUCCUUUGACUUUCACUCAAAGGUUUUUUUCUGUUCACCUUGGUCAAUAACAUUGUUUACAACCUUGUAGAUUUCAAUCAUUCCUACUUGCCUUUUGCCGAGGGCUCUGCUGUGGGGUUGUAAGAGCCACUGAUGCUGGUUUCUGGGAACUCAGGCACACCAAAUUCUGUCUUUGAGUUUCAAAGACUAGAACAUCAAGAACUUCAACUCAGGAUUCCUUCAGACUCAGCCUUAAAUCCCCUUCUGUUCCUAUGAAACUAAGCACAAAGCAGAAUUUGCGUGUCUUUACUGUUGCCUUUUCUGACUUCAGACCUGAUUUCUCAACCACCGACUUGCCUACGCUGUCAAAUAUUUUUUUUUUUGUUUUAAUACAUGAUCUGAAAGAUUAAGGGAGUUUUUCGUAACUGCCAGUUGGCAUUCAUUACAAGACUGUGGCCUGAGAGCCAAAAUCUGUAUCUUCCCUGGGAUGGUUAUGCAGUAUUUCAGUAGUGCCAAUCUUUUUUACAUUUUUAAAUAUUAAACAGAAAAGUGUAGGUUCUCAGUAGUUCAAAUGAUCUCUAUCAUUUUUAUUUAUAGGAUUAGACAUUUAUCCCUACGAAUGAUUUUCAAAAAUUCUACUUCAAAUAAGUUAAAUGGUAUAAAAUAAAGCAAAUUAUUACCUUAUUAUAAGUUAA